GCCAUCUCCAAGGUUUUUCAUCACCAUGAAUCGAAAAACAAUGGAGAAGCCUUAUGGCUGCUUCCUUCUCCUGUUCUUUUUAAUCAUUUUAACUAUCAUAAAUUCUACAACUGCUCUCACCGAUGAAGAAGCUUCAUUUCUCACAAAACGUCAGCUUUUAACUUUACCGGAGAAUGAUAAUCUUCUCGACGAUAUAGAAUAUGAAGUAGAUGUAGACCUCAAAUUUUCUAACAACCGACUCAAGAGAGCUUACGUUGCCCUUCAAGCUUGGAAAAAGGCAAUAUACUCUGAUCCCUUCAACACAUCAGUUAAUUGGGUUGGUACAAACGUGUGUUCUUACAAAGGUGUGUUCUGCGCGCCAGCACUUGAUGAUCCAAGCAUGAUGGUUGUGGCGGGAAUUGAUCUGAACCAUGCAGAUAUAGCUGGAUAUUUGCCUCAUGAACUAGGUCUGUUGACCGACGUCGCCUUGUUUCAUAUUAAUUCCAACAGAUUCUGCGGAGUUAUUCCAAAAAGCAUGUCAAAACUGACGUUAAUGUAUGAAUUCGAUGUGAGCAACAAUCGUUUUGUUGGUCCGUUUCCGAUAGUUGCCCUCUCUUGGCCAUCUUUGAAGUUCCUUGACGUAAGAUACAAUAAUUUUGAAGGGAAACUGCCACCAGAGAUCUUCGAUAAGGAUCUCGAUGCUAUUUUCUUGAACAACAAUAGAUUCGAGUCGAUCAUCCCUGAGACAAUCGGUAAAUCGACUGCUUCCGUCGUGACUUUUGCACAUAAUAAAUUCAGCGGUUGCAUCCCAAAAACCAUUGGUAAGAUGAAGAAUCUCAACGAGAUUGUGUUUAUAGGGAAUAACUUGAGCGGUUGUUUCCCUAACGAGAUUGGAUCGUUGAACAAUGUGACUGUAUUUGAUGCGAGCAAAAAUGGAUUUGUUGGAAAUUUACCGUCAAGCUUGUCACUCUUAGCUAAUGUGGAACAAAUGGAUUUCUCAUACAAUAAGCUCACAGGAUUUGUUACGGACAGUAUGUGCAAGUUGCCAAAGUUAUCGAAUUUUACAUUUUCUUAUAACUUCUUCAAUGGAGAAGCGCAAAGUUGUGUACCUGGGACAAGUCAAGAUAAACAGUUUGAUGAUACAAACAAUUGCUUACAAAACAGACCACAGCAAAAGUCGGCUAAAGAAUGUUUGCCAGUGGUUAGUCAUCCUGUGGAUUGCAGCAAGGACAAGUGUGCCGGUGGUGGCGGAGGAGGAGGAUCAAAUCCAACACCUAAUCCACCAGAAACACCAGAGCAUAAACCGGAGAUUAAUACACCAAAAUUAGAAGAACCAUCUAAACCAAAUCCAAAUGAAUCUCCCAAACCACAACAACCUAGUCCAAAACCUGUGACAGAACUUUCUAAACCAAAAGUGCCUAAGCCGGAGUCACCGAAACAAGAGUUUUCUAAACCAGAAACACCCAAACAUGAUUCACCGAAACCAGAACAGCCAGAGCCUAAGAAUGAGUCACCAAAACAAGAGUCACCUAAGAAACAACCACCAAAACAAGAGGAAUCUCUUAAACCAGAUAUGCCAAAACCUGAAGAGUCACCUAAGCAUGAACAAUCACCAAAAAUUAUGUCACCGCCAAUUGAAUCACCGGUCACAGAUGAUCCUUAUGAGGCAUCUCCAAUAAAAAAGCGUCGUCCUCAACCACCGUCAACAGAAGAAACACCACAAUCAUCACCAGUACACUCUCCACCACCACCACCUCUUGUAUUUUCCCCUCCUCCUCCAGUUCAUUCUCCUCCACCACCACCAGUUCAUUCCCCUCCGCCUCCUAUAUUUUCACCUCCUCCACCACCAGUUUAUCCGCCACCACCUCCGGUAUACUCUCCUCCUCCACCAGUUCUUUCACCACCACCACCACCGGUUCACUCUCCACCACCACCAGUCCACUCUCCUCCCCCACCAGUCCAUUCACCACCACCACCACCAGUCCAUUCUCCUCCUCCGCCAGUCCAUUCCCCACCACCACCAGUUCACUCUCCACCACCACCAGUCCAUUCUCCUCCUCCGCCAGUCCAUUCUCCACCACCACCCCCACCAGUUUUCUCUCCACCACCACCUGCACCUAUCUACUCUCCUCCACCACCUCCACCAGUCCACUCUCCACCACCACCACCAGUUCACUCUCCACCACCUCCGAUGUAUUCUCCACCUCCUCCAGUCUACACUCCACCACCUCCAUCACCUAUAUAUUCUCCUCCUCUAACUUUUUCACCGACACCAGAACCAAUAACGUCUCUACCACCAGCAACAUCUCCAAUGACAAAUGCUCCAACACCUUCAUCAGAAAUAGAAAAAGAGUCAUCACCAGUUCAAGCUCCAACUCCAUACUCUGAAACCGUCGAAAUACCAUCAGAAUCAGAUCAUUCACCAGUGUUCAAAUCGUCACCCGCUCCAGCACCUUCACAAGAAAUAGAAGAAGCAUCAUCACCAGUUCAAGCUCCAACUUCAGAGUCUGAAACCGUCGAAACACCAUCAGAAUCAGAUCAUUCACCAGUGUUCAAGUCAUCACCCACUCCAGCACCUUCACAAGAAAUAGAAGAAGCAUCAUCACCAGUUCAAGCUCCAACUCCAGAGUCUGAAACCGUCGAAGCACCAUCAGAAUCAGAUCAUUCACCAGUGUUUAAAUCAUCACCCGCUCCAACACCUUCACCAGAAAUAGAAGAAGCUUCAUCACCAGUUCAAGCCCCAACUCCGGACUCUGAGACCAUCGAAACACCAUCAGAAUCAGACCAUUCACCGGUGUUCAAAUCGUCACCCGCUCCAACACCUUCAUCAGAAAUAGAAGAAGAUUCAUCAACAGUUCAAGCUCCAACUCCAGACUCUAAAACCGUAGAAGCACCAUCAGAAUAUGAUCAUUCACCAGUGUUCAAAUCGUCACCCGCUCCGGCACCAGUAUCCGAGCCGAGUCAUACUCCAACUCCACUUUCCCAACCAGAUACAUCCCCAGUUCCUUCACAAGAACAAAUCGAAGCACCAUCACCAUCAACAAGAGAAGCACAACCACCAGUUAUAACAUCACCGCCACCGAAAAAUAAUGACGGUGAUGAUGAUUUCAUCCUUCCACCAAAUAUUGGGUUCCAAUAUGCAUCACCACCACCACCAAUGUUUCCCGGUUACUAAACCAACAAUUUUUAAUAUUUUUCAUUUUGGUUUUAAGAUUUUCCAACUAAUCAAAUCUGAACACAAAAAAAUUGCAAAUAACCAUUGUAUUUGGUAAGUAGAUGAACUUGUGAAAUUUCCAAAAUGAAUUGUAAUCAGUAUUGUAUUUUAUAGUGUAAAUUCAUCUUAUUCUUUGUGGCUUUAUCUUACUUGUUUACCUUUUUCACUAUAUUUGUGUUUUGACCUAUGAGUUCAUUUG